GCGGCUCGAGUCCCGACAACCAAAAUUUCUCCUCCAGCGUCUGCGUGUGCUUUGUCUCGUGGCGACGACUGAGCGACCGGCGCCGCCGCCGCCUGCCGCCGCCGCUCGGACCUCCGCCAGUCCUUCGGGCCCAGCGAAACGAGCACCCAGUAGUCAAGAUGCCCCGCUACGACGAUCGUUACAAUGAUCGUUACGAUGACCGUUACGAUGAUCGUUACGGUGGGAACACACGGCUGUAUGUGGGUCGUGUCUCUUCCCGUACAAGGACACGGGAUCUUGAAGACCUUUUCGGCAGAUAUGGGAGGUUUUGGGGGCUUACCCAACCUCGGUGUCCAUGGUGGGAGGGUGCCCUUGGUGCAAUUGCUGGCUGUUCUCCCAAAGUUGAAACUUUGCUGAUUCUUUUGAAAAAAAAUACAUGUUUUAAUGGAAAUUCACAGUCAUGACUUGUUUAGUUCCUUCUGACCGGCGAUUCAUAUCUCUACUUGCUUCUUGACGGUGUUAAUGUUUCUGGAAACCAUUUCCGCAGAGUGCGUUAUGUGGAUAUGAAGCAUGAGUUUGCGUUUGUUGAGUUCAGUGAUCCCCGAGAUGCUGAUGAUGCAAGGUAUCACCUUGAUGAUAGGGAGUUCGAUGGUAGCCGAUUGAUUGUUGAGUUUGCAAAAGGGAUUCCACGUGGUCCAGGAGGAUCCCGUGAAUAUAUGGGCAAGGGACCGCCUCCUGGUUCUGGCCGCUGCUUUAACUGUGGUAUGGAUGGGCACUGGGCUCGUGACUGCAAAGCUGGUGACUGGAAAAACAGAUGCUACCGCUGUGGAGAUAGGGGCCAUAUAGAAAGAGACUGUCAAAACAGCCCUAAGAACCUGAGUAGGCGUGGAAGAAGUUACUCAAGAUCCCCAUCCCCUCGUCGUGAAAGGAGCCCUGUUAGGAGUUACAGCAGGAGCCGCAGUAGGGGCUAUAGCCGUUCACGAUCUCCAAGGCAGAACAGCCGUGAUGAAAGGAGCCCUCGUGACAGCCGCAGCCCAAGGAGGAGCCCUCGCGAUAGCCGCAGCCCAAGGAGGAGCCCCUCACUGUCCAAGGGAAGAGACCGCAGCCCCAGCCCUAAUGGUAGCAGGAGCCCUGCACCAAGGGAACGCAAUGGCUCAGAUUACAGCAUGAGCCCUAGGAGGGAUGACAGCCGUAGUCCAGCAGACCACCUGCGCCGUGAGAUCAGUCCAGCAGCCAAUGGUCGUAGCCCUAGCCCAGGGGUCAAUGAUAAUGGCAAUCACCGCUCAUCUCCCUGAAUAUGUUUCUGGGAUCGGUUUUACCCCCCAAAUGUUUAUUAACCAUCCCAAACAUCUUUAUGGUUAGGACUGGUUUUUUGUGUUUAUUAUGCAAUUGUGGAUAAACCAUACCAUCUGUUACUUGUAACUUUAAAGUGCACAAACGGAUCAUUUUUGCUUGCUCUUAUUAUUCUAUGAAAAAGGGAAUUCUUUA